GUUUAUUUGAAAUAAGCAGGUCACAUUUCAACGUCAUAGAUUUUAAAAGAUUCUAUAUUAAGCAAUAUAAUGCAAAGCAAUGGAAAAUCGUAACUGGGAAACUGUUUUGAUAGAAUGGGUGAACUGUUUAAAAUUGUGUAAACCAAUACGGAAUUUAAUGGAUCUUCAUGAUGGCGAUUUCUUCAAGAACCUCCAUAAAAUAAUUAAAAAAUCACCAGAUGUUCCAGACGAACUAACAUUUAUUCUUUGGCUGAUCGGACAACAUUAUAAAAAUUUUGAAGUGAAGAACCAGCCAAGUAUUCACGUCAGCGACCUAUCACGCGAUGAUCUCCUAAAAAUAACAUCACUCCUCAUGCAUUAUACGUGUAUACAUGACAGGAGGAAUGUACUUACUUCUCCACUAUGUUACAAUCUACACCCGGCAACUCAAAUUUUGAUAAAAAGUUUUUUGGAAAAAAUGGACAACAACAUUACGAAUGAGACCUUAGAGAAAGUUAUCCUAAAUAUUUUUGCUGAGGUAAAAAAACAGACUUCAUAUUUGGAUUUGAGCAUUUUAAGCUGUGCAACAGAGAGCCCGCUCCAAGAUGUACUACAGACUCCGGCCUCAAAAAAGUUUAAACUUCGAGAGAAAGAUAAGGAAAUUGUUAAAUUACGACAGGACUUGGAGUUAGAAAAAGAAGAGAAAUCCGAUUUAGCUGAAGAAUUGCAGUCACUGAUGGAAAAGAAUUCAAAAUUGGAAACUCAGCUGUCCCAAAAACGUGCAGAAAUUAAGAGAUUGAAAUCUGAAGUUGAUAAUUUGGAGAACAGAACUCCUCCAUAUCAUCAAGAUAAGGACGCGAGAAGUACACAAAGGCUAUUAAAGUUGGAAAUAUCUAAUCUGGAAGAGUAUAUUGAAAAGUGUCACCAUGAAGAAGAGGAAUUAAGAAGAGAAAAAGAUAACUUAAAGGAUAAGUUACGAAAGUUACAAGCAGAAUGUUUUAUGUGGCAGGAAAAAUUUAUCAAUGUAGAGGAAAAGUUUGAAAUUCUCAGUGAACAUUCGACAGAACUUGAAUCUAAAAACGAAAAUCUUUUGGCGCAUUGUGCUGAACUUGAAUCCCUUUUGGGCGAAUUCCGAUCGAAGUCCAAUAAUGGAAGUUCUUUAGAUGACAGUGCUAGCCUCGAGCGCUAUUACACUAGAAGGUCAAGAAACUCUCUCCCAAUGCAACUCGACGAAGAUUUGGCUCAUUCUGUUGUGGAUAUCCAACUCAAAGACGUAGAGAAAAAAUUAAGUGACACCUUGGAAAAUUUGGAAUUUGUUUUGAAAGAAAAGAAUAACUUACAACACAUUUUGCAGAAUAUUACAAUAGAAAAAGAGACUAUUGAGUAUGAUCUAAAAAAAUCUCUUUGUCAUUGUGAAGAAAUUUCAAAUAAAAACCGACAAUUAGAAAAAGAAAUACAAAAUAUUCAGUCUCACAAAGUUUUGUUAGAAAAAUAUUUAUCAGAAGAAACUGCCUGGAGCGAUGAAUUAAAUUUUUUUUUAGCCGAUAUUUCCAAGGAAUAUACAAACGAAAAUUUGGCGGAUGAAAUCAAACGACUUGAAGAAGCUGUUCAACAACUAAAAAGCACAUACUGCAUUUUUGAGACGACUGAUGAUGCUAAGGAAAAAAGUAAAAGUGCUAAAAAAGAAAUUUUACAAAAUUUACAAAACAUUAUAAAGGAAAAGAGUAAAUUGAUUUUAAAACUUAAUGCAUUGUCAAGAGAUUUAGAUAAAAUUUUAAAAGAAAAUGACUUGUUAUCAAAAAAUUUAGAGCAGAUGCGAUCUACGCAAGCAGAGGAAUUGAAAAUUAGGAAUCUAGACUUGAAUAAAUUUGAACGUUGCGAAAUGACCCGAAAAGAUUUAGAAAACCAAAUGGAAAAUAUAAUUGCAGAGAGAAAUCAGUUAAUCAAACAAAUAGAUAAAGUUAGUUUAGAUUACGGAAAACUUAUGAAAGAAAAGGAGCAAACUGCAUUAGCUCUUAAAAUUAGCGAAAAUGAAAAAGACCAACUGAAUGGAGAAAUAAAGCAACUUUUUGUAAAAUAUGAGUUAUCUGAACUUGAAAAAACUAAAUUGGCCAUUUGUAACGAAAAUAUUCAAAAGGAAAAUGUUUUACUUAUUGAGGAAACCAAAAAGAUAAUGACCGAUAAAGAAGAAAUCACCCUAAAUUUCCAAAAUCUUGAGAAAGACAAACAAGAACUUCUUGCCAAAGUCGACUACUUAUCUGUUGCUUUAGGCAAAAUAUCAAAUUCAAAAGAUGUAUUGCUAAAAAAUUCUGAAGAAAUGCAGGUUGAAUAUCAAACUUUGGAAGCAAGACUACAAAAAAUCGUGAAUAAAAAUGCAGAGCUACUAAAGAAGAAAGAUGAUUUGGUUUGUGAUUUGCAAAGCCAAUUGGAAAAGAUAAUUCUAGAAAAAGAAGGUGUAAACAAAAAAAUAAAGGAAAUUAGUUUUGAUCGCGAAAAACUUACAAAAGAAAAACAGGAAAUUGCGUUAACUCUUCAAGUUAGCCACAAGGAAAAAGAUCGAUUGAAUAAAGAAAUAAAGGAAACCCAUGCAAAAUAUGAAUUAUCUGUACUGGAAAACGCUAAAUUGAAAGCUUGUAAUGAAAAUCUGCGGAAGGAAAAUGUUUCACUUAAUGAGGAAACAAAAAAGUUGAAAAAGGAUACAGAAGAGAUUGCACUAAAUUUUCAAAAUAUUGUAACAGACAAACAAGAUCUUCUUGCAAAAGUUAAAAAAUUGUCUAUUGAUUUGGACCAAAUGUUGAAUGAAAAAAAUUUAUUACUAAAGAAUGUUGAAGAAAUGCAGCUAAAAUGUCAAAAUUUGGAAAGUAAAUUAGCAGAAACGUUGAUCGAUAAAGCAGAAUUACUGAAGAUAAAGGAUGAUUUGCUUUGUGAUUUGGAAAACAAAUUGGAAGAGAUAAUUAUAGAAAAAGAACAUGUAAUCAAACAAAUAGAGGAAAUUAGUAGUGAUCGCGAAAUACUUAAGAAGGAAAAACAGGAAAUUGCGUUAACCCUUCAAGUUAGCCACAGGGAAAAAGAUCAAUUGGAUAAAGAAAUAAAAGAAACGCAUGCAAAAUAUGAAUUAUCUGUACUGGAAAACGCUAAAUUGAGGGCUUGUAAUGUAAAUCUGCAGAAAGAAAAUGUUUCACUUAUUGAGGAAACAAAAAAGUUAAAAACUGAUACAGAAGAGAUUGCACAAAGUCUUCAAAAUAUUGUAACAGACAAACAAGACCUUCUUGCUAAAGUUGAAAAAUUAUCUUUUAAUUUAGACCAAAAGUCGAAUGAACAAAAUUUAUUACUAAAGAACUUUGAGGAAAUGCAGCUAAAAUGCUAUAAUUUGGAAAGUAAAUUAGCAGAAACAUUGAUUGAUAAAGCAGAACUACUAAAGAUAAAAGAGGAUUUGCAAAACAAAUUGGAAAAGGUAAUUAUAGAAAAAGAAGAUAUAAUCAAACAAAUAGAGGAACUAAGGAAUAAAAGCGAAAUAGUUAGAAAAGAAAAAGAGGCAAUUGAAUUAAUUGUUCAAAUUAGCCAAAAGGAGAAAGAUGAAUUCCAUAAAGUAAUGAAAGAAACCUGUACGAAGUAUGAAUUAUCUGAACUCGAAAAAACUAAAUUGACAGUUUGUAACGAAAAUCUUCAAAAAGAAAAUGUUUUACUUAUUGAAGAAACCAAUAAGUUGAUAGCUGAUAAAGAAACAAUUGCACUAAAUUUUCAAAAUAUUGCAACAGACAAACAAGAACUUCUUGCUAAAGUUGAAAAAUUGCAAAACAAAUUAGAAAAAAUAGUCUCUGAAAAAGAACAGGUACUUAAAGAAAACUGUGAAAGAAACAAAAUACUACAAACCCUUACAAAGGAAAAGGAAACAAUUUUAUUGUCGCUUAAAAUCAGUCAAAAGGAAACACAAAAAAUUAAGAAAGAGAGAAAUGAAAUUAUAGAAUCUCAAACAAAAAUUAUGAAAGAGACAGAGAGAAACAUCUUAAGAGCUCGCGAAAAUAACCUUGAAGAAAAGAAUGAACUUCUUAAACGUAUCGAAAUAAGUGAACAAGGGAAAUACGACUUAAAACAGCAAUUGGACAAAAUUCAACAAACUUAUGCGAUGGCUGUUACUGCUAAUUCGAAAUACGAAAUGGAUAACGUUAAUUUGAGAAAAGUUAUAGAAGAGCGUAAUAAUCAAAUACUGGCUUCCAAUCAAUUAAAAGAGGCAUAUGAGAAACUGUUAGAAGAGAACAGCAAAUACAUGACAGAAGUAGAUACCAUGAAAUACAAGCGGACAAGGGAUAAAGAGGAAUUUUUAAAUAUAUUAAAAAAAGAAAAAGCAGACCAUGAAUCAAGGCAAAGUAAAAAAAUUAGAGAAGUGAGGACCGAGUAUGAAGAAAAACUGGAAAAAAUGAAGGUUAAAAUGUUAAAAUUGUAUCAAGAAGAAUUAAGCAAGGAGAUGAAAAAAGUAAAAAGUGAUCAAGAUUCAACUUCUUAUCUUUAUCCAACAAUUGAAGAUCUUCGUAGCGAACUUUUCGAAGCCAAACGAAAAAUUCAUAUGUUAGAAGCACAGAAGGAAAUGUUUAUUUUAAGAGAGAAAUGUAUUUCCAGGGAAUCUAUUCAGAUGCUUUCUGAAGAAAAAAGUUCUUUUAAACAAAGUAUGUCGAGUUUAAGGAGUAUGGGCAAAGGAAAUAAAGUUGCUGAUUGGGAUACACUUUCCAGUACCAGGAGUAGUAUAUCACUGAAAAAUAGUGAACAUACUAGAAAAAAUUGCACUGUUACAAGGGAACAAGUGGUUGUUCAGGAAGGGAAUUCCGAACUUUCUGGCAGACCUCGCGAAUUUAUACAAGAAGCUGUUACAGUCUCAAGGAGAACGUCCAUUCACAGCAUUGGUCAAAACUUUGAAAUGGAAGACGAAGACGAUCAUUUAUUUAACAAUAAGUACCUGACAGAUCUUAAAGAAGGUCGUUGCAAUGUGACAGACCAACAGACAAAAUCUGGUCGUAUGUCUGAAUUAGCUUGGAGAAAUUCCAUGGUGCCUCCUCAUUUAAAGUCUUCAUAUCCUGCAGAACUGCAAUUCGUUAGUCCGACUAGGUUUAAGGAGGAUGAUAUAAAGGCUGGGAAUAUUGAAUUAGACAACAGCAUGUGCAAGCUUUUGCCAGGAGAAAAAACACGCCCGAGAAAAGACUUUGGCACCACAACAUAUAAAAAACCUGGGCCUCCGACUCCCAGCAAAAAUGGCGGCCGUCUUUCACUACAAGGAACUGAAAUUCUACCUCUAAGGGAAGUCAAUUCUGGGUCUAAAAAGGUUACACCAAGUCGCAUAAAAGCACUUUUCAUGGGCGGGCGCAGAGAAAGUACCCAAAGAGAAAAUGUUGAGAAUGGUACGCCGAGAACAAAACGGCUAAGUAACAUCUUCCGCAACAAGAAAUUAAAAGAACCUGUUCCACAUAACUUAUUUGGGCCCUGAUUAUUAAUUCGUUUUUUUUUUGUAAAUUUUAUGUCAUUU